AUGACCUGGUGGGUGCCCACCCCAAACUUGGGCGGCCAGGCCGGCAGUAGAGAGAGAAAAUGGAAUCUACCUGGUUCUGGCCCAAAGGAGAGGCCCUGGGUUUGCAGCACCCUGGUUGAGCUCCUUGCCCUCCUGGAACAUCUCCUCCGCCACCAGCAGAUCUGGCUCUCCCAAUGGGAGCGGCUCCAAUGA